UGAAGAGAGAAAGGGCUGCUUGCUUGGAGUGACUGGUGUGAAGCAGCAUUGUGCAUAGCAGAGAGGCGUGCUCUGUCCAGCAGCAUGAGAACUGAUGCUGCUCAUGGAAGCCUGGACUGAGCUCCACUGGGCAGAGACGGCUCAGCAUUGCUGACAUCCACAGCUGCGUUCCACCCAGGCUGAGGACUGGCUGCUAAAAGACAAAGCUCCUUCUUGUGCUGCUGGAAAUCUCAAGAACCCGGGAGACUGACAAGGCUUUGCUUGUCCGCGCAUCCCUUUGGUAGCUGUUCAAAAACCUGGCAAAGUUUAACAUGGCAUUGAUUAUGGAACCUGUGAGUAAAUGGUCCCCGAGCCAAGUAGUGGACUGGAUGAAAGGUCUGGAUGAUUGCCUGCAGCAGUAUAUAAAAAAUUUUGAGAGGGAAAAGAUUGCAGGGGAUCAAUUGCUACGCAUUACUCAUCAGGAACUGGAGGAGCUGGGAGUCACGCGCAUUGGACAUCAGGAGCUCAUUCUUGAAGCUGUAGACUUACUAUGUGCACUGAAUUAUGGUUUGGAAACAGAAAAUCUAAAAACUCUCUCCCACAAAUUAAAUGCCUCUGCCAAAAAUCUGCAAAAUUUUAUUGCUGGGAGGAGGAGAAGCGGGCAUUAUGAUGGCAAGAGUAGCAGAAAAUUGCCAAAUGACUUCCUAACAUCGGUGGUAGAUCUGAUUGGAUCGGCAAAAAGUCUUCUUGCCUGGUUGGAUAGGUAUUGCCACGCUGAUCAGGAUGACAUUGAUAACCUUAAAAAAAGAUGGAUAGGGCAUAAACUGGAUAAAUCGCCAUUUGCUGCUGUUACAGAUUACUCUGUCACAAGGAACAAUGUUAUCCAAUUGUGCUUGGAAUUGACCACAAUUGUCCAGCAGGAAUGUACUGUAUAUGAAACCGAAAACAACAUUCUACAUGUGUGCAAAACCUUGUCUGGUGUUUGUGACCACAUCAUCUCUCUGUCUUCUGAUCCCCUGGUUUCUCAGUCUGCCCAUCUGGAAGUUGUACAGCUAUCCAACAUAAAGCCAAGCGAAGGACUGGGAAUGUAUAUUAAAUCUACAUAUGAUGGACUUCAUGUGAUAACUGGAACAACUGAAAAUUCACCUGCUGACAGAUGCAAGAAGAUCCAUGCUGGUGAUGAAGUGAUUCAAGUCAACCAUCAAACAGUGGUGGGGUGGCAGUUGAAAAAUUUGGUGAAUGCACUACGAGAGGACCCGAGUGGUGUUAUCUUAACUUUGAAAAAGCGACCUCAGAGCAUGCUUACCUCAGCACCAGCUUUACUGAAAAAUAUGAGAUGGAAGCCCCUUGCUCUGCAGUGGUAUGAUGAUGAAAUGAAAACUUAUUCCUGGACACGUAUAUCACCACUGAUCCCAAGGAGUCCCACCAGUGGAGCUGCUACCCCAUCAAGUACAAUCAGCACACCUACUAAAAGAGACAGUACUGCUCUUCAAGAUCUCUUUAUCCCACCACCUCCAUCAGAACCCUAUACACCAAGGGAUGAAAAAGGAAACUUACCCUGUGAGGACGUGAGCCGGCACGCUGUUGGAAAACCAAUAUCGAAAGGAUCCGAGUCACCAAACUCUUUUCUGGAUCAGGAGUAUAGGAAACGAUUUAAUAUUGUGGAGGAAGAUGCAGUGUUAUAUUGCUACGAGUAUGACAAGGGAAGGAAUAGUAUGCAAGGUCGAAGAGAAAGCACACCCACUUAUGGAAAAUUAAGACCUAUAUCUAUGCCUGUAGAAUAUAACUGGGUUGGCGAUUAUGAAGAUCCCAGCAAGAUAAAAAGAGACAGUAGAAGAGAAAGUUCACUCCUCCGAUAUAUGAGCAAUGACAAAAUCAUUCAGGAAGAAUUCAUGAUGCAGAGAAAUACCAAAAAAGACACUGGGAAGAAAUCUAAGAAGAAAGGUGAGAAAAACACAAGUCCAAGUGAUUAUGCCCUGCUUCCUGGAGCACAGAUGGAUUCCCUACGGCAGGAGGCUCUCAGUCCAUCUGUAGCAGACACCGCAUCAUAUCAUACGUUCCAGCAGUCAUCUCUACAACACAAAUCCAAGAAAAGGAAUAAAGGUCCCGUUCCUGGGAAAAGUAAAAGGCGCAUUUCAUGUAAGGACUUGGGUCGUGGUGAUUGUGAGGGAUGGCUAUGGAAGAAGAAAGAUGCAAAGAGCUAUUUCUCACAGAAGUGGAAAAAAUACUGGUUUAUUUUAAAGGAUGCCUCCCUUUAUUGGUAUUCCAACGAGGAGGAAGAAAAAGCUGAAGGAUUUAUUAGUCUACCAGAAUUUAAAAUAGAUCGUGCCAGUGAGUGCCGCAAGAAAUUUGCAUUUAAAGCUUGCCAUCCGAAGAUUAAAAGCUUCUACUUUGCUGCUGACAGUCUAGAUGAUAUGAACAGGUGGAUUAGUAGAAUUAACUCGGCGGCUUCUGGUUAUGUGGAGAGAGAGAGGAUUAAACAAGAUCAAGACUACUGGAGUGAGAGUGAUCAAGAAGAUGCAGAAACUCCAUCAACCCCGAAACAAGACAGUCCCCCUCCGCCUUAUGACACAUAUCCAAGACCAGCUCCAAUGUCAUGUGCCAGUCCGUUUGUGGAGCCAAAACACAGGUUAUCUUCCACAGAAACCUCGCAGUCCCAAUCAUCCCAUGAGGAAUACCGCCAGGAAGUUUCUGGAAGCACAACUGAUUCUCCAGUGAGAAAAACAGCAAGUCAGAGGAGAUCUUGGCAGGAUUUAAUUGAGACACCAUUAACCAGCUCAGGACUUCAUUAUCUUCAGACUCUUCCUCUGGAGGACUCUGUUUUCACUGAUCCAGGAGUGGCCUCACCUGAUCAUAGGCGCCAGUCCACACUUCCAGCUCCAAAAUGCCACCAGCAAGACCACUAUGGCCCAUUUCCCUUAGUUGAAGGCAACAGAUUACAAGUACUCAGUAGCAGUGGGGCAAAGCCUCGCAGUUUUACACUUCCCAGAGAUGCUGGCUUAAGCCAUUGUGCUGCACUUUCACCGGUCAGUAUAUUGGAACCAACAGAACCACCACAGAUACAAGAGGUACAUAAGGAAGACCCUUCCGAAGAGCCAGAAAAACCAUAUGAAGCAAAAACUGUUAACGAGAAGCCAGCAGACUCAUUACAAGAUCUCUACAGGGCCCUGGAACAGGCCAGUUUAUCCCCUCUUGGAGAACAGCGGCUUUCAACCAAAAUGGAGUACAAGAAGUCUUUUAUUAAAAGAUGUAGUGAUCCCGUAGUCAAUGAAAAGCUACACAGACUGCGCAUUUUGAAAAGCACUUUAAAGGCCAAAGAAGGAGAAGUAGCUAUUAUUGAUAAACUUCUGGAAAAUCCCAGUUUCACGUCUAGAGACUUUCAAGAAUGGAAGCAUUUAUACCUUGAUAUUUUUUUGGACAUCUGUCAGAAAAGUGAAACAAAUGACUGUGAAAGUGCUUCUUCUGAAGUAGAUGCCCUCAUUCAGUCUCUAUCUCAUACACAUUCUUAUAUUGAAACGCAUGUAUAAUUGUUGUACUGUCAGACCUCUGCCCCGAAGAAUCAUCAUUUUCUAAAGGAAAUUAUAAUGAAUAUAUGGAAAGUCUGGUAAAAUCUAUUUUAAUGUUGCUGAUCUAUGUGGAGUAAGCAUUGUAUGGCCACAAUGCCUUUGUCUUAUUUUUGCAAUCUGCCUAUUUUUAUGCUAUUAGUGUUCUGCUUUGUGUUAUAUUUGUGGUUACAAAAAAUAAAUAAAAUAUGGAUUUAAUAUGUUGGUCAAGGUUAGGGAUUUAUAUUUGAAAUAGAUUUAUUUUCUAUUAUACAGAAUUUAUCUCUGGGUAACCAUAUACUAUUUGGCAAAAAAGAGUAACAUUUUUAUAAUCUUAGUUCUAUUGUGCUCAUGCCUCUAAAAUUUGUUAAAUGCUGCAGAUGAAUUUGGAGGUUCUCAAAUAAAAUGAGUAUUAAAUGUAAAUUAGGAAAUAAAAUUAAUGAGAUGUUUUAUUAAUCAAAUUAUUUACUGUUAAAUAAAGAGUUCUUUUAAUGUGAAUGUACUCUGGGAAAACGACCUGUGUGUGUGUAUAUACCGGUAUAUAUAUAUUAUUAGCCAUAUCACAUAUACAGUAUAUAAAUACUAUGACAAUGCCAGAAUUUUCCAAUGGCCGAAAAAUCUACCUCCCUAUAGA